AUGCUGCAACAGUUGCCUCCCAUUCUGGCGGCAGCCUGGUCGGCUUCUCAGCCAUGGCCGGUUACUGUAACGCGAGAUCCUCUUCAUUAUCGGCCCUUGGAGGAAAUGGCCAAGAUUCGACAACAACAGCAAAGCACUGACAACAAUCUGUUGUUACUUCCUCAGUCUCCAGUGGAUCUUUUGGACGAAUUGACGACUUCUUCCUCGCUUAUUACUAUUGAUGUUGACAAUCCCUUUCUUCGCACGGCUAUUGGAUUGCUGUACCUCUCUCGCCAGGGAUUUGUCGAUGAAUGCCAUUCCCUGGUGACGCCUCUGUCUUGGGCGGAUGCUACCGCCGUCGGCUUUGGUCCUCCUGAUCCUUCGACGGAUGCCGAAGUGACGGCGACGUAUGCUCAUUGUUUGGUACAUCGAUGGGAGGGAAGUCAUGUUGCUAUUCGUAAGGAAAUGGAAUCUCUGUUGGGAAUUUCGGACGCUCCUAGUAGUGAGACUGUUCAGACCAUAAAAGAACCAUUAUCCUCGGAGGCCAUCGAAGCAGGAAGGACGUGGUUCGAGGAAUGGAUCAAGUCAGACCUACCAGACGGUGGCUGGGAACCAAGAGCAUUGAAUGAACUCUGCAAAACACUAGAAGGUUUGCGAAACCCUGACGACCCAAUGGCUGAAUUUGGGUCUCGAGCGGCGCAAUUGGAAUGUGAUGUUUUGAUUCAGUACUGUUUGGAAAAAGCAGGCUAUGUCGUACCAGAGCCCCAAUCCAGAACAAAAACCAACGCUCCACAGGCUAAAGACACGACAAUAUGCGAUGAAGACCGGGACACAGCUCUACGUGCAGCGGGCAGAGUGUCUUCGGCACACUCUAACGCAUUUCAGCAAAAUGGAAUCAUUAUCAUUCGGAAUGCACUGAUAGAUGGACCUGAAACUGUGUCCUCGGCGGCCGUCGCCUGUCGUUUGAUGGGUGCACCUGCUUGUAGGAAUUUCGAGCAAGAUGAUGGCUCACCUUCCGCAUAUGUCUACUACACCGAUCAAACAGAAACAGUGGGUGAAUUCGACCUGGCUCCAGGCGAUCUCUUGGUAUCCUCCUUCGAGAGAAUCAGCAGCCAUCAGGCCUCUCUUGUCACUUGGAAGGGAGCAUAUGUGGCUUGCUCCGCUGAGGACAACAAUGCAGUAUAUCGUGAUACUCUUUUUGGGACCAGGGGUGAAACUCCCACCA